AUGGUCUCGGCAUUAACCUUCGGGUCGUCGCGUGGGGUCUUUCAAAGCCCAGAUUACUUUUAUCAUAUUUUUAUUAAAAAAAAUGGACGAACAGCAGCAAAGACGCAUAUUAGUUGGCUAGAAGAAGAUGUCGAUGACAUCCUCGAUAGUGAUGGUGAUGGUUUCCUGAUAAAGUGGGUGAGCAUGACACUGACUCAGAACAAGAAUGUGACGAUGAUUUGCAUCAGGGGAUUUCAAAGACCCUACGCGACGAACGACGUUACAAAAAAGCGCGACUAA